AAAUACACCCAACACACGAGGGCUAAUUGCUAUUUACCUAAAAAUAAAAGGUGAGUGGUCUCCGACAGAGGCUGCUGUGUCUAAGCUCGCACGCACUGCUUUUCUUGAGCGCCGCCAGCUCCCACCACCCUUUGCUUUUGUUUUCCGGUCAACAGGCCAGGUGCUUUCCGUUCUGAUUCAGGGCUGUACUGGUGGAGAGAGGUGUGCUGUCGGCUCUCUGUCUCUCCUCCCGGGCAAAACUGUUGAAAAUUCAUUCGUCGAAAUUUCUUCAUUCCUGGCAGCAGAUUAAGUAGUCUCUUUAUUGAGAAAUACCACUACUUUCUUGAUACUAUUAUCCACUAUGGCAACAACACUGCAUUCAUGUGGAGUCAAAACUCCGUAUCUGUCUUUCUCCAAGAGGGCUUCCUGCUGUCAACCUUCUCGGAGCGAGCAGCAACGUCUUCAUUUUGCGGCAUCCCUGCCUGGUUCAUCUAUAUCAUCGCCCAGUGGAAAGCUGGCCCUGAGACUCAGAUGUGACGCUGCUGGCAAGGUGGAUGUACUUGAAAAGAAUGAUACUCAAAACCAAGAUUCCGACCAAAUUGCGGAGGAGUUAACUUGUGUAAUGAAGUUUGGUGGUUCAUCUGUUGCCUCUGCAGACAGAAUGAAAGAAGUGGCUGACCUCAUUCUCAGCUUUCCAGAAGAGAGGCCUGUCAUUGUUCUUUCUGCCAUGGGGAAAACAACCAACAAGCUCUUACUGGCUGGAGAAAAGUCUGUCACUUGUGGUGUUUCUAAUGUGUCUGAUCUUGAAGAAUUGACCUUCAUCAAAGAUUUGCAUUUGAGGACUGCAGACGAGCUGGGGGUAGAAAGAUCUGUUAUAUCUAAACACCUCUUUGAGUUGGAGCAACUUCUAAACGGGAUUGCUAUGAUGAAAGAGAUGACUCCAAGGACAAAGGACUACCUAGUCUCUUUUGGGGAAUGCAUGUCCACAAGGAUUUUUGCUGCCUAUCUGAAUAAGAUUGGUGUAAAAGCUCGCCAAUAUGAUGCCUUCGAGAUAGGUUUCAUAACCACUGAUGAUUUUACAAAUGCUGAUAUUUUGGAAGCAACCUACCCGGCAGUUGCCAAGAGAUUGCACGGUGAUUGGAUUAGUGAUCCUGCUAUUCCUAUUGUGACUGGAUUCCUUGGGAAGGGUUGGAGAAGUUGUGCAGUGACCACACUGGGGAGGGGCGGUAGUGAUUUGACAGCCACAACAAUUGGUAAAGCAUUGGGGUUAAGGGAAAUUCAGGUGUGGAAAGAUGUAGAUGGUGUUCUCACAUGUGAUCCUAAUAUAUAUCCUCGAGCAGCCCCAGUGCCCCUUCUAACUUUUGAUGAGGCAGCUGAACUUGCUUACUUCGGUGCUCAGGUCCUCCAUCCACAGUCCAUGAGACCUGCUAGGGAGGGUGACAUUCCUGUUCGAGUGAAGAACUCUUAUAAUCCAAAAGCUCCAGGAACCCUUAUUACUCGAACUAGAGACAUGAGCGAGGCAGUACUUACUAGCAUUGUCCUGAAACGGAAUGUUACGAUGUUGGAUAUCGUUAGCACUAGAAUGCUUGGUCAAUUUGGUUUUCUAGCUAAGGUUUUCUCAAUCUUUGAGGAUUUAGGGAUAUCUGUUGAUGUUGUUGCCACUAGUGAAGUGAGUAUUUCCUUGACGUUGGAUCCUUCCAAGCUUUGGAGUAGGGAACUGAUCCAGCAGGCAAGCGAACUAGAUCAUGUGGUGGAAGAACUAGAAAAAAUUGCUGUCGUAAAUCUUCUCCAGCACAGAUCGAUCAUCUCUCUCAUUGGAAAUGUGCAGAGGUCCUCACUGAUACUUGAAAAGGCUUUCCAUGUACUUCGGACGAAUGGUGUAAAUGUUCAGAUGAUCUCUCAAGGUGCUUCGAAAGUGAACAUAUCACUGAUAGUAAAUGACAGCGAAGCAGAACAGUGUGUUAGAGCUCUUCACUCUGCCUUCUUCGAGAGCGAUCUAUCGGAACUAGUAUCUGGAAAUGGUUCAGUAUGAAGAACACUUAAGUGUUAAGACGGAUGCUAAGAGAUAUCUCCAAAAACACUGACGGCAUGAUAUGAUUACUAUCCAACUUAAAUAAGAUUCUUGGUAGUUGAAUUUUUUGUUCUCCUCCUUCCAUUUAGAUAGAUUGAAUUGCAGCAGUACUUGAGCACUUGUUAGCUAAUUGCAUUGUAACCUGCCUUCUCUGCCAUUAUUCUGUACAACAAUACACAAUUUAUAAGAAGAUUUGUUCCUUUUAACAUUCAA